AUGGCUUUGGUGAAAGUUGAUAUGCUGGAUAGGCCAGUCCUUGGGCCCUGGGAGACAUGCCAAGAAAUUAGCACAGAGCUUCCCAAGGCCCAGAUCAGCUUCCCGGAAGGCAGCAAUGCCUAUCGCUCCUACUGCGACUACUUUAACAAGGACCGUGAGCCCUGGGUUGAUGCUGAGCUCUACUGCCAGAACAUGCAUUCCCGCAACCUGGUGUCCGUGCUCACCCAGGCUGAGGGUGCCUUCAUGGCUUCCCUGAGUAAGGAAGGCAGCACCAGUGACUGCAGCGUCUGGACUGGCUUCCGUGACCCCAAGAAGAACCGUUGUUGGCACUGGAGCAGCAGGUCCCUGGUUUCCUAUAAGUCCUGGGACACUGGAGCUCCAGGUAGUGCCAGUCCCGGCUGCUGUGCCAACCUGAGGUCAAGCUCAGGGUACAGGAAAUGGAAGGAUGAGAGUUGUAAAGCAGAGUUCUCCUUUGUCUGCAAGUUCAGAAACUAG